AUGAUAUGUACAUUUGAAACAUUACCAAAUGAAAUUCUUCUUAUCAUCUUCUCUUAUUUAUCAUGGUUAGAAAUGUUAACUUCUUUAUGGUCAUUAAAUAAUCGCAUAAAUUAUCUUAUUUGUUCAAUUGUUUCCAAAAAUGAUAAUAAAAAAACUAGUGGUCUUAUUAUUAAAGAAUCUGGUUUAUCUUAUAAUAAAUGUUAUUCAAGAUUAUUUCCAUUAUUUAAUCAUUCAUCAUUAUUAUCAUUUUGUUCUUGUAUUCGACGUAUGUGUUUUGAUGGAACAAAUUCAAUAGCUUGUGAUAUUAAUUAUGAAUGGAUUUUUUUUCAAAAUAAUAAUAAAAAAAUUCUUCGCUUUCCAAAUCUUGAAUCACUUAUUGUUACUCAAUGUUGGUUAUCUGAAUCGUUAAUUGAAAAUUUAUCUUUACUUAUUCGACAUCAAUUAGAUGAACUUACAUUAAUAUUCGAUAAGGAAAUGUUCAAUUCUCUUCGAUAUGAAAAUCCAUCUGUGAAAAAGAAUUAUGGAAGAAGUAAUUAUUAA